AUUCUUGUAGGUUACAUGCUUAGCACGUGUGUUGUGCAUUGUGUAUAUUGUAAGUAAGCAGCAGAUCAUUUAAAGAAAUGGCUGGACCCAGAAAGAAGAAGUAUACCUCUGGAGAAGGAAAUCAAUACUGGACCAGAGCUACUGCUUUGAGGAAACUCCAGUUAUCAUUAAAAGAUUUUCGCCGACUAUGUAUUUUGAAAGGCAUAUAUCCAAGAGAGCCUAAAAACAGGAAAAAAGCCCAGAAGGGUGCUACUGGAAUAAAAACAUUGUACAACAAAAAGGAUAUUCAAUUUUUGAUGCAUGAACCUAUUAUUUGGAAAUUCCGUGAAAUGAAAGUACAAGGAAGAAAAAUUGGGCGUGCCAAAGCUAUGAAUGAAAAUGGUUUGGCUCGAAGACUGAUGAAUAAGCAUGUGAUCAUUAAUCUUGAUCAUAUUGUUAAAGAAAGGUAUCCUACAUAUUUGGAUGCAUUGAGAGAUCUGGAUGAUUGCCUGACUCUUUGCACUUUAUUUUCAACAUUCCCAUCUAUCAAGCACAUACCCCGAGAUCAAAGUUCCUUGUGUCGACGAUUAGUUUUAGAGUUUAUGCAAGCUAUCAUUACUUCAAGAGCUCUUAGGAAGGUUUUUAUUUCAAUCAAAGGCUAUUAUUUUCAAGCAGAAAUAAAAGGAGUAACCAUAACAUGGAUCAUGCCUCAUCAGUUUAGUUUUGAGCCUCAAACAAGAGAAGAAGUUGAUUUCCGCAUAAUGUCAACAUUUGUGCAAUUUUACAUUGUUCUUUUGGGAUUUGUUAAUUUUCGCUUCUACAAUUCAUUAAAUCUUUAUUAUCCUCCGAGAAUAUCCAUUGCUUCAGAUGAAUCAGAUGAUUUAAUCGAUAAAGCUGGUCUGGAGUCAGAAAGAAUCGCUGCAUUGAAUAUUCCAUUGUCUUGCACUUCGACAGAUGUAAAUACUGAAGAAGAACAAGAUCCUGUAGAAAGUUUCAAUAUGGCUAUGGAUGAAAAUGAUAAAAUGGAAAAAGCUUACUUGGAGGCUGAAAAAAUUCGUAAAUUAAAAAAAUUGUUUGAAGGAUUGAAAUUUUUUUUAAAUAGAGAAGUUCCAAGAGAACCUUUGGUUUUUAUUCUUCGCUCAUUUGGAGCUCUUGUGUCUUGGGACAAAACUCUUUUUGUUGGUUCUACUUUUGAUGAAACAGACGAGACUAUCACGCAUCAAAUUGUUGAUAGACCAAGUUUAUCUAAACAAUAUGUAUCCAGAUAUUAUGUACAACCACAGUGGAUAUUUGAUUCUGUCAAUGCUAGAGAACUUUUGCCAGUAGAAAAAUAUUUCAUUGGUGCGGUAUUACCUCCUCACUUGUCACCAUUUGUAGAAGAAAGGGAUCAGUAUUAUUCCCCUCCUGAGGCAGUUGGUCUUGAUACUACUGGAGAAGUGAUCAACGGUAAAAGUCAAGAAGAUGGUAAAGACAAUGAGUCUGUAGGAUCAUUAUCUGAUAAUAAUUCAGAAGAAGAAGAUGAGAAAAAUGAUGAUGAAAGGGAUCAAAUGUCGAAUUCCUCCUCAGAGGAUGAAAAAGAAACAUCAAACAAUAAAGGAAGCCCUAUAAAUUCAAAUAAAGAUAUUAAGAAGAAAGCAAAAGCAAUGAAGAAAAAGAUGGCAGUUGCUCCUGGUAAACUUGAGAAGCCAGAUCCGAACCAAGUCUUUGAAGCUGAAAAACAAGAAAGGAAGUUGAGGGAAAGGAUGGUUGAGAAGAAGCAUCGCGCCUUAUAUAAGAGUAUGAUGAGAGGUAGGGCAGAGAGAAUAAGGGAUAAAAAUGUCCUUAAGAAAAAACGAUUGCUCAUUGAAAAAACAAAAAGUGGUAUAAAAGCUACUUCAUAGGCAUGUUAAUAGAAUUUUAUGAUUUUCUUAUGAAUCUAUCUAUAAUGUAAAGUUUUAUAUUUAUAUGUUUUCAUAUGAAAUGAGUAAACGUGUAUAUAAUUGUACAGUUGUUUUAAUAAUAAACCAAUUUUUAUUAUUA